CAACCCAGGCCAGUGUAAAAUAAUUCCCUCAAUCAUUCAAGGUUGUUUCGCUUCGACUGCAGAGAAGGAAGAAGACGUCUCGGACGAACCAGUGGUUUAUAAGUACAGCAGCGCCACGAAUUUAGUGUAAUGUCAGAGAUCCAGGAUCCGAAAUCUGUACAGGACCUGACUGGGGUGGUCCAGACAUUGCUGCAGCAGAUGCAGGAUAAAUUCCAGACCAUGUCAGACCAGAUCAUUGGAAGAAUCGAUGAGAUGAGUGGCCGCAUCGAUGACCUGGAGAAGAACAUUGGUGACCUGAUGACCCAGGCUGGCGUGGAGGAGAUGGAGGCGGAGAACAAGGUCAAGGAGGAACAGGGCUCUGCUUAAAAGGUUUCCAUGUAACAGGAUGGUGGAGACUAAAUGGGAAACAGACCAUUUUUCAGGAGUAUUGUAUAUUUAAGUUUUUUGUGUUUUAAUUAUUAGUAUUUGAAUUUACUGUGUAUGUAACAUGUUUUAUAUUAACUCUUGUAAUAAUGUUCACUCUUGACUUUUUUUAUUUUUAUUUUUUUGAAUUGAUAUUUAACUUAACUUGAGACACUAUCCUGAAUAAUGGCUCACUCAGGUGACUCGGGCUCACUCAGGUGACUCGGGCUCCCUCGGGUGACUCGGGCUCCCUCGGGUGACUCGGGCUCCCUCGGGUGACUCGGGCUCCCUCGGGUGACUCGGGCUCCCUCGGGUGACUCGGGCUCACUCGGGUGACUCGGGCUCACUCGGGUGACUCGGGCUCACUCGGGUGACUCGGGCUCACUCGGGUGACUCGGGCUCACUCGGGUGACUCGGGCUCACUCGGGUGACUCGGGCUCACUCAGGUGACUCGGGCUCACUCAGGUGACUCGGGCUCACUCAGGUGACUCGCUGGGCCAGUAACUGAUUAUGUCAACUAGCCAAUUGAACAUUUUGAACAAUAUUUCAACACAAAACAUUUACUGUUAUUCGAAUGUUCUAAAAACAUGUUGUGUGUUAAGAUUUCUUUACUUUCAGUCUUUUUCACAAUAAACCAGGGCUUGCAUACA